UCUGGUGGUCGACGUUUGAUAGUAAAAGUGGGUUAAUAACGAGCUGCCGCGUCGCGACGCAACGCCAAGCUCGCUGUUGCACUGUGCAUUGCAUAUUAUCAUCUCAAGUCGAGGCGCACGUUGAUAAGUUCGUCGGGUUCUGAUUUGAUCGUUCUGGUAAAUGUUCGGACGAGAAUAUGAAAACGCCGCCGCCGAUAGUGUUCGGUGUGAAUUUUUUUUACUAUCCGAGUGCUCGAUUUAUUUGCGAGUUUAAGUGCAGUUGCAAUCGCAAUUGACUAUUUUGUUUUUGUUUUCCUUUACAGUUCAGUGAUUAGAAAAUAACUAUUUCGAAUGGAAUGGGGUUCAUAUCGUCACCGGUUCCUUCGUUGGUGCAUAGUGUCGUAACGUUAUGUUUGGUUAGCGAAUUAUGGAUGCAAGGCGUUGUGGUUGUAAAUGGAGCUCUAGAGGAGAGUGAUAGUCAAGAGCAUACGCCGUUUUACGAAUCUCAUAAUCAUAUUAACGAACACGAUCAUUUUCACGAAGAUGGGCAUUGCGAUUGUAAUUCGCAAGGCCCUUGGCGACCAUUAUUCAAACCCUCACAGGCAGACCUGCCGGAUCCAGAAUCGCUGCAUCACAUAGCCAACAGCCUACACGACUCAUCUUCGCAAGAGCAACUACACGAUUUACCUAACGAUCUCCAUCCUACCAUUCAGUCGGGCGAUCGACAAGCUAAAAAGCAAAAUCACAUGAUACAUUUACAUUUAAUACCACACAUCUACGUUCCUGUCGUACACCCUGUACAAUACUCGGUUUACGAAAACAACGACCAUAAGUCCGAAGCGGAGCAAAAUCACGAUUUUCACACCACCGAGUCGAGCGUCUUGAACGAGCAUUUCAACGACCAUAGUCACAGCCAAGAGCAGCACGACGAUCAUCAACAACCGCAGCAGCAUUUUUACAACCACGAUAAUCAUCUAAAUUUACAAAAUCAAGACCAACACGACCAUUUUUACAACCAAGAUAAUCAUUUGAACGUACCGAGCCAUCAAAGCUACGGCGGCGGCGGCGGCGGCGGCGAUGCACACCAACACUACGAUUUUUCCGAACACAGUCACAGUCACGAGUCCGCAGAAUUGAAUAACGCUCAUCAUAAUGCCCAUAAUGCCCAUAAUGGAUUUUAUUAUCCGCAUCACAGCGAAGAGCACCAGUAUCAGGUACACGAGGAAGGUAAUCGCGAUCCGUUUUACGGUAAUUACGCGACCGGUAGUAGCGAUAAUGCUCAUGUGUUACCCAUAAACAACCAUCUCAAUUAUUUCCUACCAGCCAAGAAUAAGUUCGCCGAUAGAAGUCGCUAUAAUAAACGAUUUUUAGAUUUUUCAAGCAGUAUGUUAAGGUUAGGGGUCAUGAGACCGCCAGCUCUAGGUCAGAAAAAUACCUGGCUUAUGAAUUUCCCGGAUCACAAUACUCCGGUAUUUCCUAAAUCGGUUUUUGAUACCAAAACUGUAUUCGAUUUCAAACCUUACGCUGUCAAAGCGCCGGUAUUCGAUUUCAAACAGUUCAUCAAACCGAACGUACCCGUGAUACCGCCUAUUUUACCAGCCACCAAGCUCGUACAGACACCUGUUAUACCAAUGAAUAACUUCUUACAAACGCCGGUCAUGCCAAUUAAUAAAUUAUUACCGGCGCCCGUAGUCGUCUAUCCUACUGAAAUCAAGAAACGUGUUGAUAAGGUGAAAAGCAAGAAUUGAUUUCAUAUAUACCUACCUAGGCUACUAGCUACCCAGACCUACCUUCGUAUUGUUGAAUUAUCAAGUUUGGAAACUGUGAUGUGAAAAGAUAUUGAUAAAAUAAAAGAAAUGAUUGAUAGAAAAGGUACUAUAACGACGAUACUAUGGAUAUGCGUCUUCUUGAACUAGAAGAAAAUUGCAGUCUUCUGUCAUGUUUGAUGAUUAGAAGGUAUCUAUGUGUAUUUCGAACCAACACCUAUAGGUACCUAGAAAGUUUUAAUUUCUUACUUUUAGUUAAAUGGCCAUAGAGCGUUGCUCAAUCUAAUUAAUGUAAGAUGUAUUUUUGUUAGAAUUUUAUUACACGUGUCGUAUUAUGCAACGCGAAGCUCCCGGGCACAGCUUCAAUCGUGAAUUUCGAAUUUUACCCCUUUGUGUUGUGAUUUGUGUGGUUAUUAAUAUUCCUCAAUAUCCUAAUCUCUUGACAUUUUUUUCAAGUGUGAUCAAAGGGUAUUAUUUUUUGUAUCACGUUAAUCAUAACACGAAGCAUACCUAAUUACCUACCUAUGUAUGAAUUGUAUAGGUUAGGUAAAAAUAUGUACCUACUUACUUGUAUCAAAAGUAAUCCUAUUCCUAAUGUAUGUACAUUUUACUGUUAAAUUUUGUCUGGAGUAGAAUUUUUAUUUAGGCAGCAUAUAUUCAUAAUUUAAAAACUAAAAUACAAUACCUAUAAGUACGUAAUUUCUAAACGUUACGACUUACGUUAUUGAUUUUUCAGAAUUUUUUUCAAAAUUGAUAGAUGAAAUAUGUAUGUACAUUUUUACCAGUUGACGUUUCAUUUAUUUUUAUUGUUACUAUGUAUUACUUUUAUUUAAAAAUACCUAAUCCAUUAAACCAAUUUGUAAAUGACUAAUCCUAACUAGUCUUUAAUAUUGAUUUUUCACUUUUCACCUUAAAGCAGUAUUUUCUGUUUCGAAAUGAUGAAAAAUUAGGCAAACGUUUCAUAAGGCCUAUUACUUACUUACCUAAGUUAAUUAAGUAUGUUACGAGUAAGAUUUUUGUUUUGGACGCAAUUAACAUUCGUUCUGUUUGUAUUUUGUACAUAUUUUUUUAUUUAUUUGUGUGUAUUAAUAGAAACAAUUAAAAAUCGUU